AUGUUGUUAAUAUCCCAAGGAACUUUUGAUGAUCGUCCUUGUCGACCUCCGAAUCUGCGUCUCUGUCCCCCUGCUCCUUGUCGACCUCCGAAUCUGUGUCUCUGUCCUUCUGCUCUUCCCAUCCUUAUCACCAUCCUUAUCAUCAUCCUUAUCACUAUCCUUAUCACCAUUAUUGUCCUUAUUCGUACCCGGUAUGCGCGGGCAGAUGAGAUCCAACAAAUCCCUAUCCGUUUCCUUAAAGAUGGCUGGAUCAGAGACACGCUCGAUGAACCGACCAAGGAGCUGUUGGCAAGUGCGUUUUGUAUCGGCUGCAAGGCGAAUGGCUUCCCGGAGGCAUCGGAGUACUUCAGAAGCUUCAUCUGGCCUCAAGUCUUCAGCUCUUCUGACGUUCGCGGAUAA